AUGGGUCGCGGCAAAGCCCUCAGCAUCAUCAGGCUUCACAGCGGCGGCGUCUCUCUUCACGACAUCACAAGAAGGACGGGUCGAGCACGUACCUUUGUGCGUAAGGCUAUCAAGACAGAACCAGGGCUGCUCCCAAACAGCGUCAGCCCCUCCCCAAGACCAGGAAGGCGGCCGGCACUCACCGAGAGGGAGGCCCGGCUGCUAGUGCGCAAGGCGGCGACAGGCGACCGCUUCGCAGCGAAGCUCAAGACGGAGCUCGGCCCCAAGGCGUCCAUGCGCACGGUUUAA